CGCUGUAAAACGCGCGUCUAUGUUAUCUUAUAAGACCUCACUCACAAAACUAAUAUACAGCCUGAUAAAUUAACGGGAAAUGGCAACACACGGGUCAGCAGUUUGAAUAUCUACUUUAUACAAUUGAAUUUACAUUCAAACUGUAAUCAGUUAAAUACUAACCACAUGUGUACGACACAGGUAGUGUACAUGUAUGGUAUACGUUUGGUACGCUGUCAAUCUAGCGAUCAUCACACCAAUACCAUAUACGAAUCGCCUUGUGCUACUUCAAGGUGUAGGAAAACUAACGGCACUACCUCACCUGUCAGACCCGUGAUAUCACUAACAGGCUGUGGACUAAAGUAUUACACGUACAAUCGCUAACACAGAGGACGUAGAUAACAUUAAAACGAUGGAAUGGUCAUUACGAGAUGUCGGGCUCUUUGAUGUCUGUUAAGAUACACGUUUAUUGCUGUUUAGUAUCAACAGAAAAAGACAUGCACGGUUAAAGGACGUAAUAACAAAUUUCAAUCAAUAGUAUGUGAUACAUAAAAUUGCUUCACAUCUUCCCUAGUGGUUGUACAGAACAGAAUAUGUUAUUCAAAGAGUCGAAUUUUGGAGAUUGUAUUUGACCAUGGUAUGGGAUGUACAAAAGAACGCUUACAGCUCGUGCCAGGCACAUGUCUGUUGGUGAUAGGGUUUGUACUAACGAUAACCAGUGUAGCAUCUGCUCACUGGUGUCAUUCAGAGGACAAGACGCUGUAUGUCGGACUUUGGGAAAUAUGUUUCCUCGUGAAAGCAUCGGAAGUACAAUGUUUCGAGUUCCGUGAGCGGGAUUAUACACCUAUUAUAAUAUUCAUCACAAGUGCUUUGUGUGUGAUUGGCGCCAUAUUUGACUUUGUUGCUGUACUAUGGGGUGUGGCUGCUAUUUUCCAGAAGAAAAAGCGUGCAUUCAAAUGGACAAAGAAAGCAGGCAUCAUGGCUGUUUUAUCAGAUGUGUUGGUGGCCAUUGCUGUAUGUCUAUACGCAGCUUCAUAUGAAUCUAUCCACUAUCAAAAGAUUCCACGAUGGACAGUCGGGACUGAUGUUAACCUUGCUUGGUCCUUUUAUGUCGCCUGUGGAGCAGCAGUCACCAUUCUUCUAGGAGCGACAUUAUCCAUCUCCAUAGCGCUGCAAUCUUCACCUAUUUCAACUGUCCACGUGACACCGAUGACAGGACACAGCCCAUCACCUCUGAUGCACCCACCACCAAGCUCCCGAAUCCCAUCCCCAUUCAGACUGCGUCCUCGUGCACCCUCGCCAUUACCAUUUUCCCGAGCUGCAUUUCAGACCCCGAGGAUGAACCAUUCGCCCGUGUUUCCUUCUUGACGUAAAGUACGAUAUCUGUGUGUACCAGAGGCUGUUUGUUGUAUAAUUCAGUGCCAAUUCGUCUUGCCAGCUAGUGUUACACCAUCAACAUUGUAUUAAACAUGGAUAUGUCAUACCAAGUAUUUUGUAGUUCAGUAUAGACAUUUUCGCAGUUUGACUUCCACAGAUUGCAGUGUGAAAAUGUUCGCUUAAAUUAUAACGCUAUACAUUUAUGCAUUUUCUACUGUGUAUUAAUGUUCGUGCAAGCAUAUUUUCGUUCAUUAAGUGAAUACAUAAUUAGCGAAAACAACAUCCACCUUUUGGUAACAAAACUGUAACAGAUAAGCAGGAUAUGUUAAGGAACAAAGACCUUGUAAAUACAGACUUAAUAUAUAACGACUGACAAUGUAGAAGUUUCAAAAAACGAACUCAAAUGUUAGAAGUAUUUUGAAGUGUUAAAUAUCUCUUGGGCUGUGAAUGUCAACACUUGCACGAAAUUGGUACAUGUUCACAACCUUUAAAUCUGCGUAUGUGUUGUAUAUGUGUGAAUUGAAAUGCAUUUUUUAAACAAACAUAAUGAUAAACUACACGUCCCAGUUUUUGAGAUGUGAACAAACCCCGUAUAUUUUCUGUAUUUAAUAACUAGAUAUGUCAGAAAACUACAGCAGUCAAAUCGUUGUUAGGAAAUCUGAAUGUAUCCUGAUAUAGCACAUUAAAAAGUUAAACAAGAGCAAUAAAACAAGUCAUACAGACAAUUAUUUAGAAGGAAUUUUAUUGUCUGAUUUCCAUACUUCAUCAUGUAGCAGCUUGAACAAAGUUUAACAUGGUUAAGAUGAUUAUCGUAACAGAAAAGAUAUAAGAAGCACCCACACAGUUACCUAAGGACGACUUUGCCCUAGCCCCCGACCUGAGUAGGAAUAUCAGUAACACAUUUAAUUCAACCAUGACGAUUUUGUUUCAUUUAGAAAAUUUCUCUUUCGUUGCACUUACGAAUUAUAAGCGACUUCAUCUGUCAUGUGUCUGGAGUAAAAACUUGAGAAAGCAAAUAAUAUAUUUUUAUCCACUAAUAACGUGUUACUUAACUGCUAUUCCGUCUUUGCGUAUUGCAGAGUGAUCUUAUCUUGGGAGCAGGUAUUG